GGGCGACCUCGGCAUGACCCGGAAGAGACCCUGUUUGGCGCAUGCGCCCGGCGGAUCGCGGAGCGCCUGGGCUGUCCUGAGCCUUCGCUUGCUUCCUUUCCGGCAGCUUCCCCACGGAUCCUGUCAUCUUCCGCGCACUGGCCGGGGCUCCAGCUCUCCCGUCCCCCCGGCGCGGCCUUUCCUUCCCGCCAGCUCUCACGCGGAAGCGGCGGCCUUGUCUCCCCCGUGCUCCUUUACUCUCCUCUCCCGCUCCUCCUUCUCGUUGCCGAGGCUCCCUUUCGGGACCCAAGCCGGCUGGGAGGCAGGCAGGCAGCGCAGCCAUGGCGGACACGGCGCAGAAUGGGCCCAUGCAGGGAGGCGCGGGCGGAGGAGCCGUGCAAUUUCUGCUGACUAAUAAGUUGGACACAGCAAUGUGGCUUUCUCGUAUAUUCACAGUUUACUGUUCAGCUUUGUUUGUCCUGCCUCUUCUAGGGUUGCAUGAAGCAGCCAGCUUUUAUCAGCGUGCCUUGCUGGCAAAUGCUCUUACGAGUACUCUUCGGCUUCACCAAAGGCUACCACAUUUUCAGCUAAGCAGGGCAUUCCUGGCUCAGGCAUUAUUGGAAGACAGCUGCCACUAUCUUUUGUAUUCUCUCAUCUUUGUUAAUUCCUACCCUGUUACAAUGAGUAUUUUUCCAGUUUUAUUGUUUUCUUUGCUUCACGCUGCCACCUACACAAAGAAGGUCCUUGAUGCACGAGGUUCAAAUAGUUUUCCUUUUCUAAGAAAUCUCUUGGACAAAUUAAAUGCUAAUCAGCAAAACAUCCUAAAAUUUAUAGCCUGCAAUGAAAUCUUCUUGAUGCCAGCUACUGUGUUUAUGCUUUUCAGUGGGCAAGGAAGCUUGUUGCAACCAUUCAUUUAUUACAGAUUUCUUACACUUCGUUAUUCCUCCCGCAGAAAUCCUUAUUGCCGGACUCUCUUCACAGAACUGCGGAUUGUUGUCGAGCAUAUCAUAAUGAAACCUUCAUGCCCUGUAUUUAUACGAAGACUCUGUGUCAGCAGCAUUUCUUUUAUAAGCAGACUGGCACCAACAGUGGCAUAACUAGCAGGGGGAGACAUUGAUCUGUGUUUCUAAUGAACAUUCUGAGCAGCUGGUAUUUCUGCUGGUGAUUUAUACAUUCAGGAUCUCAGUCAAGGUUGUAUGAAAAAUGUUUUUCCUUCCAGGAGUCCAUUCUGUGAAUUGUAUCUCAUGCGUGUCUUUUUUUUUUUAAGUCUUGCUUUUCCAAGAUGAUGUUUCUGUGCUUUGUGGAAGAUGAAUGCCUGCCAUCUUAGAUGAAAUACUUUUCAAAACAAAACAAUAAUAACUUGCGUUGUAUAAUACAGCUUGUGUGCUGCCAUGUAUGUUCUCACAAAUACUGAAUGAAAAUUAAAAAUACUAGGCAAUACUAGCUGGAUUGUGUCUAACAAGCUUUCAGAUGUUGCUGUAGCAUAAUUGGUAGCCUCUUAGGAGUAGUGCUGGACUGUCUACAUAUGCGGUACAUUUGAGUCAGUAUUCCUUCCAUUCAAUAAGCGAAAGAAGUUAACUCAGUGAGUAAAUCACUGUAGUCUGUAUGAAUCAAUUGGCAGCUGCUUCAGAUGUGAACAGUAGGACUCUAUGUCUAAAUGUUACAAUUCUGAUUUAUGGAACAUUUUUUGAAAUAGAAGCUCCUUAAACAUGUAUCUCUUUGUAAGUAUUUCUAGAUCGUCUUACACAGUGCUAUUUUAUUGCUGAUUUCCAAAAGCAGAUUCCUUUAAAUGCUAGUUUUUGAAAACCCUGAAUAAUAAAGAUGGCUGUUUCAUUAA